AUGGAUAUACCCACAUCAAGCGGCUCUGUUGCUUUCUCUAUUUCUGACGAUAAACGGCGAGCAGCCGUUUUAAAUAAAAACGGAAAACUCUCCACCUGGCGCCUCGACGUUCGACACCAGGCGGGAGAAGAUACAAAGAUGGUUGCGGAGACGGCCUUACAGCUGACUGAGCAGGGGAACACCACGCUGCAGUACUACUACUGCCUCUGCAGCCUGCACUCUAAAACCCUCGUCACAACGGCUGCCCAGAGCAGAGGAAAACUCUCCACCUGGCGCCUCGACGUUCGACACCAGGCGGGAGAAGAUACAAAGAUGGUUGCGGAGACGGCCUUACAGCUGACUGAGCAGGGGCACACCACCCUGCACUUUUCUCGAGACGGAUCUGUGGUGAUCGUCGCCAGCGGCAAUUCGAUUUAUCUUUUCAGCUCAGAGGAACUGAAAAUGAUAAAAGCUGUGGAGAACCUAACACCGCAGCCAAUCGAGCGGCUUAUCGUUGCGCCCAACAACAAAUUUAUUAUUAUAUGCACAAAGGGGAUUCGCCCUGCAAUACUUCGGCUGCCGCUUAGCGGAUAA